AUGGAUGCUACGUUAAACAGGAAGCGAAGACUUUCCGUUACCGACGAGGUCGCGCAAUCAUCACGCGACAGGCAAAAAAGAGAUUCUUUAUAUGAGUGCGCACCUGCUAAAGUCAAGAAGCUUGAAUUUGACUCAAAGCCCUACGCGACCGUGAACUUUACAACGGAAAAAAUUCCCAAAAGCCGUAGAAGAGCUCAUAGCGAGUCUGAUUUGGAGACUGAUCAUGAAGGCAAACCGGCAGCAAAAAAGAUCUGCCUGUCGACUUCAGAACCAAUUAAAAAGACUGAAACCAAAACAGUUGCAGAGGAGGAGAAAGAGAAGGUCGUUGUUGAGCCCAGUGAGACAUCGGCGAGUACCAGCCAGGGCCAUUUUAGACGCAAAAAGACACGUAGAGUUUUUUUUCAUAAAUCAAGAAAUCAAGUUUUUUUUGUUGUAUUUCGAAGAAAGAAAAGCAACGAUGCAGUAAAUUACAAUCUGGGUGACCUUUACCCUCCCCUCCCUGGUUGUAACAUACUGAAUGAAUUUGACUUAUUUAAGUACCCUUGCCCCUCCCCUCCCUUAUUGCAGAUCAAUGGUCGACAGUUCCCAGCUGAAGCUUUCUACCAGCGCCAUGUUCACCACCCGAACAUCAUUGAGCUGCUGGACGUUUUCACCCACGAAGACAACUUCGUGUUUGUCCUCGAGCGUCCGGAGAAGUCUUCGGACUUGUUCGACUACAUCGACGAGCGUGAUUACCUAGCCGAAGACGAAGGACGUCGGUUUUUCACUAACAUCCUGGACGCCGCAAUUCAAUGCGAGGGAUAUGGUGUGCUUCAUCAGGAUAUCAAGCCUGAGAAUAUCAUUAUUGAUUUGUCCAAAAUGGAGGCUAAGCUGACUGAUUUUGGUCUUGCUAAUGACAUCCAAGUUGAACCCAUCAGGCACUUUGUAGGUAAGGGGUGUACAACAGAUGAGAAUGCCUUGUUGUGUCACUAAGUGGGAAUACCUUUUAACUCUAGGAGGGACCUUCACGAUGGUUUUUAGAUAGUUUUUCAAUUAAUCGAUAACUCGAAACCCAAACAAUUGCAACCCAAGGAACCAAAGAGUGAUAAUUUGAAGCACAUACGCGAAACCUAGACAAUGCUAGAUACUGGCUAAAACAAACCAAAGUAACUAUUCCAAAUUUCAAACUCUACUCCCCGGAUUGUACUUUGAGCACAGACUGAUUUUGAUAGGAUCAAGUCCUUAGUCAGCAUGGGUGUAUGAAUCAGUAAUCACAGGAGCCAUAAUCGGGGAAACCGAUUUAUGGCUCCUGGUAUUCACUAAGACCCACAGUACAAGG